GUCUCGCAAACAUCCCGCCAGCGAGCAUCGAAUCUGGUUAAAGGUCAUUGAGGGACAAAGACCCAUCUUAAUUCUUCAUCUUCUAGCUGGACAGGCAUGGCGACCGAAACUUUAACGCAGACUAUAGCUAGCCUUACGCUUCACACAAGGGCACCCACAGAACAAAAGGAGCCAGAGAAAUCACAAGAGGCGAAGGAGGCUGAGCAGCCGUACAGAUAUACGAAUCUGCUCCCUGUCUUCCCGAAUGAGCACUAUCCACCUCUUGAGCCCUAUGAACAUGUCGACCCUGGAAAUCGUGCUCUCAAUCAUCACAACCCUCGUUCAUUCCUGGAUGCUGCCACUCGCGUGGAUGAGCUGACUCCGAACUUGGGGACUGAAAUUCAUGGAGUAAAUCUUGCUAGGCUGACUAAUUAUGAACGAGACCAAGUAGCACUCGAGGUUGCUCGCCGUGGACUCCUGGUCUUUAGAGACCAGGACAAAUUCAUCAACGGUGGACCAGACUUCUUCCUUGAGUGGGGUAGACACUUCGGAAGGUUACACAUUCAUCCCACAUCUGGACAUCCUGAUGGCUAUCCUGAGCUUCACCUCGUCUAUCGAGAUGCAAACACUACGUUCAACUUUGAGUACGAAGAUAGCAUUACGUCGACCGUCUGGCACUCGGACGUUUCAUACGAGCUUCAACCACCAGGACUGACGACGUUCUUCUUGCUCGCUCAACCGUAUACGGGUGGUGAUACGCUCUUUACAAGCCAAGUCUCCACUCUCAAGAAACUCUCACCUGCAUUUAUCGCGUUCCUCAAGACCCUCAAGGCCGUACACUCCGGCGUUGAACAGGCGGAUUUCUCGAGAUCUGGUCGUCGUGGUGGAGUUGUCCGUCGUGAACCUGUUGAGCAUGUACAUCCAGUCGUUCGCCGUCAUCCGGUAACCGGAGAAGAAGCAUUGUAUGUCAAUAAGCAGUUCACGCGGCGUAUUCUUGGACUCAAGAAGGAGGAAUCACAAAACAUACUCAACUUCUUGUAUGAGCAUAUUGCAGCUUCGGGAGAUUGCCAAACCCGUCUCCACUGGUCUCCCAAUACUGUGGUUCUCUGGGACAAUCGCAUCACAGCGCAUAGUGCGAUUGCAGACUAUGGGAAAGGCCUCUCAACAGAGAGGCGUCAUGGAGCACGUAUCACUCCGCAAGCUGAGCGGCCGAUUCCGGCAUGGGACGGAUUGGAACUCUAGUAUGCUGAAAGUGAUGUAGUAAAGUAAAUAUGCAAAGACGACGUGCGCUCUGAAUUGAAGGGCUGCAUUCCUACUGGGUGAUGGUAACCACACAAGAGAGACUAGCAAUUUCGGAUGGAGCCUGGACUUUGGGUAAUACAAUUUCAUGUAUGAAUGCUUGAACGAAAG